AGAGCACCCCCACGACACCCCCCCAGCCCCCAAAACCUCUUUGUUCUCUUCUCCGUCCUCCCCGCCGCCGCCUCCCCGUCCGCGGCGUGGUGGAGAUUUCGAGGGCGCCGGACAUGGCUUUCAGAGCACAUGAGAUCUACAAAAAGAUCGUUCGGAAGGUGGGAAAGGAUUCGGUACCGGCGGAGAUGCUGGAGUCGGUGAGGAAGUGCCUCCCCAACAACAAGCUCGUCAUGGGGAGGGCCAAGCGCGGCAUCUACGCUGGCCGCCACAUCCAGUUCGGGAACAAGGUCAGCGAGGACGGCGGCAACAAGUCAAGACGGACAUGGAAACCUAAUGUACAAACAAGGCGCCUGUUCAGUUAUAUCCAUGACCGACACAUCCGGGUCAAGGUUACAACACAUGCUCUCAGGUGCAUUGACAAAGCUGGUGGCAUAGAUGAGUACCUUCUGAAGACACCCUACCAUAAAAUGGAGACAGAGAUGGGUUUGUUUUGGAAGACCAAGGUCGAGAAAAUGUAUGAGCAGCUUGGGAAUAUGGAAGUGGGUUUCUUCUCUCCUGAAGAGGAAGCCAAGAUUGAAAAGGGCUUUGAAGAGCUCAAGAUUGCCAAGAGGGAGGCUCGAAGGGAAGCAAGAAGAACUCUGGCAAAGCAAAGGCAGAUAGAAGAAGGAAGAGCCAAUGCUGAUGAGACAAUAGAACCAGAGCAGAUUGAGGGAAGAAUGACCGAUGAUGUGGCGGAAGCUGGGCAAGAGACUCCUAAACUGUCAUGAUUGGUGAGUCAACGCAAUUAUCAUGUUCUGUUCAUUCUUCCUAUCCUCAUCUAGAUCGAUCAAGCUAUAGGAAUUUGCUAGUUUAUGAUUUAUAGCAGAAUAGACUUGAAGAUGGAAAGCAGGUCAUGAGGAGAGGAUCAAUGAAUGCCAUCACAAGCAGAGGGGCCUGACCAAGGAAGAUGUUUUUUUUAUUAACCAAAUGGCUUAAGUAGUUCCAGUCUUUUAACUGCAUGGAAGGAUGUUUUUGAUCUGUUGUUUGUAACUGGGCAUGAUGUUUGGCCCAUAAGUUUUGAAUUAAUACCAUGCAUAUUGGAACUGUUAGUUGCAUACCAGAUUGAUAAAUUGUACAGCUUUUUCUUUGUUUAGGUGAAUGACGUUUCAUGGUUCAUGCAAGUUUAGCCAUCAUAAUUUACAUUUAGUUAAUUUCGUUUAUUGGGGAA